AUGGCGGAAGGGCAAGACUUUGACACUAAGUCGCUGUCUGCUUCUAUAUCGCAUGAUCUAGAGCCUGUAGCAAUGUCGCACUCGAUGAAACAGGUGAAUCAUAUGGAUGAAGAGGAACAUACCGAAGAUGAAGAGCUGGAACAGCGUAGUUGGUCCUCUGCGACUUUACACAAGAGUGAAGAGGAGGAGGACGACAGGUGGAUGAUUACGUCGCCGUCUAUACUCGCUAGACGUCGAAAUAUACACGUUAGCUCUGACAAUAUGAUGGAAGAGGAUGAUGCGGAUUUGGAGGCCAGUGUACGCGAGGCUCUGCGACUUCUGGAGGACUGUGGAGACCAUGGAGACCAUGGAGACGGAGAGAGUGAGGGAGAACAGGAGGUCGAGCAGUGGAAGACAAGACACACAAAAAGAGAUUACAUUGAUUUUGUUAAUGAGAUGAUGGAGGAUAAGUGGAUGCUGGGAAACAGAGAUGGACAAUUUACAUCUCAUUGGAAAACGUUGAAAGGAGAAAUGGGUUCAGAGGAAGGAGAGAUGCAGGAAGAGGACGAAGACAGAAAUCAAGAGGUUGAGGAGCAGGGUCAGGAAGAUGAAUGGCAGGAAGCCUAUACAGCAAAAGGUCGAGUGUACUACUACAACCGACGUACACGCGAGUCAUCAUGGAAGAAGCCAAAUCAUUUCAAUGCGAGCUCGACACAACCAGUGGCUGUAACUGCUGAAAAGGAGUCAAAACUAUUGCGACAGAAUUUAGCAUAUCAUCCUUCUGCGUCGGUAUCUGUUGUUUCGACUAUGGAGUGCCAGACGACUUUGUUUUGCUGUUUUUGUGGCAAGCAGCAAUCGUCUGAUCAAUUAGCUGCUCACUUUCGAGAAUGUGCGACGGCGACUUUUCACAAGCAGCGAUUGUCUCCGCUGUACUUGAAUUUCGAACAUGCUCUUGGUUUGAUGUCUGAGGAUGCCACACUGCGUGCGGUGCACUACGCUACGUCAUUUUUAGAUCCCACGCCUCACGGAAGACCAGGUGUUACAUCGAUGCAAGAUAGUUUGAUUUUGCUUCGUCCUGAACGUCGCUUCUCCUGUUCAAGAAAGCUCAGCUCUACCGAGGACACGUCACUGAAACAAUCUGGCACUCGCAACCACAAAUUUGAUACAAGUCAUGGUCGGUCGCAGGAUCCAUCAGACCGAUCUGCAAGCCAAGAAGUUGACUCAUCUUCUGUUUGCCAAGCUCCGGACAAUGAGGCUGUCAAAAGGACGAAAAAUAUUGACACCGACCGAAACAAUUUGCAGUCCAUAAACAGCGCUUUUGUAGCAGAACCAGUGGUGCAGCACAUGGAGAUUUGUCGGUAUUGCGGCCGAAGCUUUGCUGAAGGUCGACUUACCAAGCACGAGGCUGUUUGCCCACGGGUGUUCGGCCACGACGGCUCUUGGGGGCGCAGAAGUUCAUCAAGCCAGGCCUCUGUUUCCAAGCCAAGAAACACCCGAGUCGGAACACCAUCAAAAUCUGCGGGAUCCAUGGCAUCCAAUGUGCACAAGCUCAAGGACCAUACACUGCAGCAAAGCUACAAGGCACACCAAGCGACGCUUGUGCUUUGUCCAUGUUGUCGUCGAAAGUUUGCACCCUCGGGUGCGCAACAACAUAUUGCCAUUUGCAAAGGAGUCCAAAACCGUCCAAAGAAUCCCAUUCCAUUCCUCCGAGACUAUACUAUUGUUGGCUAG